AUGGAGCGGUUAUUAGAGGAGCAAGCGGACGUAAUCUACCAGAUUUCGAGGACGGUCGACAACUUCAAGAAGCUCGGGCAAGGCAAUUUUACAACAGCAGUCACGCGGAACCGGAUGUCUAUUCUGGAAAAGCUGUGGUGUCAAGGUCAGAAUCUCCAUGCAGAUAUUAAGGCGGCGGUUAAACCCACGGAUCGAGGGGGCCUGACAUAUUUCAAGGACAAGCAAUUCCAGCAGGCAACGGAUUAUCUCAGCGAAGUCUUAGAGAGACUGACAAAAAAUAGCGGUCGUGUGAUUGCUAGUAGUACUCUAGAUUUAAGUUCAAGCCCAUCAGGCUCAAUUCCGUUGCCGCGGAUCGAUCUCCCUAAAUUCUCCGGUCAGUAUACUGAGUGGUGUAUUCAAUUCAAGUCAUUAUCCACAGAGCAAAGAAAGAAUGUCGUACGACAGCAUCGUUGCUGUUACAAUUGCCUGAUCAAAGGACACUAUCCACGCGAUUGUAAAUCUCGAGGACGCUGUGCACGCUGCCAACGCAAACACCACACGCUUCUGCACGAAGAUGAUAAUAGCGGUGGGCCAACGCAGAUCGAUAUUUCUGCUACAAAGGUUGUAUCAAAUAUAAAUGCUGUAAAUACCAUGCCUUCAAAAGCCAGCCUUUUAGCCACGUUAGCUGCUCCUGGCCCUUCCCACAUUCCUCCAAUCACUGAUGUCGUAUUGCAAGCCACUGCUCGAAUCUCUGUAAGUAGUAACGAGGCUCGUUGUUUAAACAUUCGAGCAUUGAUUGAUACAGGCUCGGAGGCUACGUUUAUAACUGAAAGGGCCGUCCAAGUUUUGAAGGCAAAACGUAGUAAGGUAUAUGUCAAGAUCACUGGCAUAGGUGACCGAUCAACUGGAGUCUCUCAUCAUGCAGUUAAACUCUAUCUGAGCGCAAGCUCGGCUACGAGCGCUACGGUUACAGUGACAGCAUUCAUCCUUCCUAUAUUAACUUCGUAUACGCCUAAGCGUACUGUUAAUCUGUUUACGUAUCCUCAUUUGCAGAACUUACAAUUCGCGGAUCCCGAUCCGUUCGGUGGUGAACCAAUCGAUCUAUUGAUCGGAGCUGACAGUUAUGGUUCCAUUGUGCUAGACGGACUACGCCAAGGACAGAGCCCUGGUCCCAUUGCGCAACGUACCAUAUUUGGAUGGGUUGUCCUCGGUCCGUUCAACGACGAGCCUUCAGGCACUCCUCGUUCACUGCCUUCGUUACACUGCUCUAUCUCUCCUAGUACAGACGCAUUACUAAAGCAGUUUUGGGAGAUAGAGGAAGUCUCUGCUGCUAGUUCCCUCACUGAAGAGGAGGUCGAGUGCAAAACGCAUUUCGCAUCUACUCAUUCAAGGUUACCUAGUGGACGUUAUCUUGUUUGCUUACCUUUUCGAACGGAUCACAUAACCAAGGUCGGUCGUUCGCUUCACGUCGCUUCUGGCGCUUUCGACAAGUUAGAGCGGCGUUUAGAGCGUAAUAUUGACUUGGCUGCAAGUUAUUGUAACUUUAUUUUGGAAUAUGAACAGAUGGGUCAUAUGGCCCGUGUUCCCCAGAGAGAGGUUAUUAAUAAAAACUCAUUCUAUCUGCCUCACCAUCCAGUGGUGAAGGCAAGUAGCAGUACGUCUCCAAUACGGGUUGUAUUCAACGCCUCGAGUCCUAUGGACAAUGGGAUUUUGUUAAAUGAUCUGCUGCUAACAGGUCCCAAGUUGCAAACGGAUCUUUUAUUUAUUAUUAUGCGCUGGCGAACUCAUCGCUUAGUUCUCGUUGCUGACAUCGCUAAAAUGUUCAGACAGAUCAUGGUUCAUCCGAUAGACACUGACUUUCAAAGGAUAUUAUGGCGCCCUCACCCGGAUGAACCGGUUGCUCAUUAUCGUUUACUCACCGUCACGUAUGGCACGGCUUCAGCGCCUUAUUUAUCCAUGCGUGUCUUACGACAACUAUGUGAGGACGAGGGAUCUGCAUUCCCGUUAGCUGUGUCUGUACUCGACAAUUCCAUCUACGUAGAUGAUGUGUUGUUUGGGGGAGAUAAUGUGCUUACCAUACAAGCCACUCGUCAACAGUUCAACAGUCUGUUAGAAAAGGGAGGUUUUCACCUCCGUAAGUGGACGUCAAAUUAUGAUGAACUAUUAGCUGAAGUACCGUUGUGUGAUCGUCUGGACGGCAAUAGCAUUGAAUUUGCUGAGGAUUCCUCUUUAAAGGUUUUAGGUAUUUCUUGGAGUCCUACCUUAGAUCGAUUCCACUUUAGUAUUCGAAUUCCGGAGCUUUCAGUAACUUCCAAACGCGACGUGCUAUCCGCUAUUUCACGAUUCUUUGAUCCACUGGGUUGGAUUGCCCCUGUGGUGAUUACGGCAAAGAUUUUCAUGCAGGAACUGUGGCUGCGAAAAUUCGAUUGGGAUACUCCGCUCUCAAGUGAUUUCGUGACGCGAUGGCAUGAGUAUUCUCGUAGCUUGACCGAGCUCAAAGACAUCUCGAUCCCACGGUGA